UUUUAUUUCUCCUUUGAUAAGAACGCAACCCUAAAAAAGCUUUACUCCACCAUCAUCUCGUUAUCUUGAAAAUUCAACCUUCUUCCUUCAAUGGUGUCGAUGAACCCUAAUUCUCCGGAAGGAUUUUACUUGGAUGCUAAUGGCGUCGCUUUGCCUGGAAUUAAUCCAUUCGCGUCGAAUUCUACGGCCAAUACGGCGUCGUCUUCUCCGACUGAUGAAUCGAAUUGUAGUAAGAAGAUAAGAAAGCCGUAUACUAUUACGAAAUCUCGUGAAAGUUGGACUGAACCUGAACAUGAUAAGUUUCUUGAAGCUCUCCAGCUGUUUGAUCGUGAUUGGAAGAAGAUUGAAGCUUUUAUUGGGUCAAAAACUGUUAUUCAGAUACGCAGUCAUGCUCAGAAGUAUUUCCUGAAGGUUCAAAAGAGCGGCAGCAACGAGCAUCUACCUCCUCCGCGGCCCAAACGGAAAGCUGCUCAUCCAUACCCACAAAAAGCUUCUAAAAUAGGUCCAUCAGUUACGCAAGCGACUGGAUCUUUGCUAGCAUCUUCUCUUUUGCCUGAACCUGGACUUCAAAGGCCAGACUCAACGUUCAUACCCCAACAACCUAAUAACACUGCAGUUGUAUCUUCUUGGGCCACUAACACUCAGGCUGAAGUGGCAAAAGGUGAGAUGAAAUCCUCUGGGCCAAUUACAAAUAACUGUUCAAGCAGCACUGAGAGCACGGCUAUGGCACGCACUGCUGGUGAAAUAAAUGCAGCAGUGAAGCAUGCUCCACCGUUAAGAGUUCUACCUGAUUUUUCUCAAGUAUAUAGCUUUAUUGGAAGUGUCUUUGACCCAGAAGCUAGUGGUCAUUUGCAGAAGCUUAAGAAGAUGGAUCCAAUUGACGUCGAAACAGCAUUAUUGUUGAUGAGGAACCUUUCCAUCAAUUUGACGAGCCCGGAUUUUGAGGACCAUAGAAAACUGCUCUCAUCCUAUGACCUCGACAUUGACAAGGGCAUAUCUGGUGGCACAAGGGAUAUCGUAUGUGGCAAGUGAGAGACAAGUAUUGUGCAGCAGUGCCCUAAUCCAAAUGGGCAGAACCGGUAAUGACCACUUUCCCUGACCCUUUUCAAUUGUCGAUUGGAGAUAAGGUUAGCCUAGUUUUUCUUGGGUAUCCUUUAGUGUAUAUAGAAGAACUUUGAAAAUACUGGUUGUAAAGCUCUUUGUUACUAAAGGUUUUCGUGUAUAGGAGGCUCUGUAUAUUUCUGAGGUUUUUUUUGGGGUCUCAGACAUGUAAUCUUGUUACUCCUGUGUAGUAAUUAUCUUCUACAUUCAGAUUAGCUAGAUACACUAUAGCUUCUCAUGACUUGUAUAAUAAGACAAUCAGAUACCUGCUGGCUGCUACUGCACCGCUGCAUAGUUUAUGUUGAAUCUAAUUUAGACAUUGUAUUAUGAUGUUACUUCAUUUUAAAGCUAUAGAAUUUGCUGUAUACUUUCUGUUUAGCA